AUGGGAACUUGCACAUCAACAGCAAUACAUCGACAGAAGCAGCGACCACAAGAACAUAAUCGAACAGCAUUAAAGAACUCAAUUGUCCUUGGUGUUAAAUCACCUCCACCUUUGCCAUCAUUACCAUUAGCUGUAUUUCCAAAUCAUCAAUAUCAACAAUCUUAUUGUUUAUCUACAGAUUUUGACACACUAUUAUCAUCAUCAACAACAAAACCUAUCUUUCAUCAAACAGAUACAAAUAGUUUGAUACAAUUAUAUUCUUCUAAUACGAAUACUAACAAUAACAACAAUAUUAAUAAUAAUAAUAACAAUAAUUGUAAUAUUAUCAGUUGGAUGUCAUCAUCAUCGUCUGUACCACAGGUUCCACCUCGAAUUCCGGUGCCAAAAACUCGAGUACCUGUCUAUCAUCUAUCACCAUCACAACAAACAACCACAAUAAUAAGACCCAAAAAUGUAACAUCAACUGUUAGUUCAACUAAUCAAACGGGUUCUAUUAGACCAAUGUCAAUAACAAAUCGUCCACCACCACCAACUACAAUGCAAACACGUUUUGGUUUUAUACCACGACCAACUGCACCCGGAUUACAUCAAGCCCAAGCAUCAACAUAUGCAUCACGUAGUCGUUCGAUUAGUCCAACAUCACAUGUCAGCACUAAUUCAUCAUCAUCAUCGCUUUCUUCUCAACGUUUGGCAAAAGCUCAAAUAAUAUCAAAAGCAACAUCAAAUCGAUCUAAUCUACCCUCAACAACAACAACAAUGACAAAUAAUACUACUUCUAAGCCUAAAACAUUGAGAUCUCCUCGUCAAGGCGAUUCAUCAAUAUCAAAAUCAAAUGUUAAAUCAAGUGUUCAAGCUCCAACAGCAGCUAGUCGUAUGCGCUCAAGAACACCAUCACGAACUUCUGCGACAUCUUCAUCAUCAUCUAUUGCUUCUCCUCCACCUCCUUCUUCUACUCCAUCAUCAUCACAGACCACAGCAGCAGCAGCAGCAGCAGCAACAACAACAAUAAUAAAAACUGAUGUUACUGCUAUACGUGAUCGUUAUAGAACACAUCAACGCAUGAAUUUCUUUACACGUCGUACUCCGUUAUCAGCAGCUAAUGGUUCACCUGUAGCUGGCUCAAUUCAAUCACCUGGAACAUUGGCUAUUAACCAAGAAAAUAAACAAUCAUCAUCAAUAUCUUCAACAACAAAUAAUUCAAACCAUGACUCAAAAGUAGUAAUACCUCCAGAAAUACCUUCAUCUCAUCAUAAUGAUUCAACCUAUGCAAAUGUAAAAUCUAUUUCCAAUCAACCUCCAUCUGCACAUCUUGCUCAAGGGAAUAGACAUCGACAACGAGCUAUUAGCAUGUUAUCUGCUACAUCUGCUAUUUCAGAUGUACUGAAUCAAGAUACAUUGCUUGAAGAUGAUAAUUGUAGUCUGAAAUCAGACGAUUUAAUGUGUGAUUAUGAUGAUACACUCACUAUAGAUUCUAAUAGUAAAAAUGAUCGAAUAGAUUCACAUUCAAUAGCUUCAUCUUCAAAUGAAACAAAUAAACAGCAUAAUACAAUAAUAAGUGUUACACCAACAAAACCAAAUGUUUCUCAUUAUCAACCAACAUCAAAAGAACAUCGUUCAGUUACUAUAGCUAAAUGUUCAACAACUACAAAUGAUAAAACAAAUGCUAGUUUACGUGAAUCACUUGAUGAAUUAAAUCGAUUAAGUAAUCGAAUGGAUCAUACUAUUGAUAAUGAACAAAAUCGAAGAUUAAUGACACGUUCAGUUUCAUUAAAACCACCGCCAACAUAUCUACCACCGCUUGAAGAUGCUGAACAAAUAACAAUGGAUAUUGAAUCUUAUCGGCAAGUUAUGAAAGAUGUUAUGGUUGUUAAAACAAUUCUUCAUCAACUUGAUCGAUUGCUUAAACAUUCCGAUGGUGCUAAUAUGACGGAUUCAAUGAUUGGUUCAUGUCAUGAAUAUCACGAUCCUAUGUUCAGUUCAAGACGUUAUUCAUCAAGUCUUGGCGAUGGAAAUACUCGUAAUGUUAUCGAUGAAAAUUCUUCUUAUGAUGAUUUACUCAAAGAAAUAGCAACAUUACGUAAAGAAAAAGAACAAGAUAAACAAACCAUCAAAUUAUUACAAGAACAGAUGUAUAAAUAUUCAAGUCAAACAAAUGGAUGA